AUGGAAGUUAAGAAGAAAAUCCAGUCUCUUUACGAUAUCAUAGACACAAAGUUCUUUGAACAUUUCAAGUUUCAUAUCCGAGAUACGAGCUUUCGCAAAAUCAUUGAUUAUAUGCACGAACCAAAAGAUGCUGCGAGCUUGGCGAUAACCAGGAUAUUAUUCGGUAUCGCGAUGUUAUUCGACAUUCCCGACGAACGCGGAGGUGCGGCCAUGGUUGAGAGGUGGGGAAAUCCCAACACUUGCCACUUCCCUCUGCUGAGUUUCAUACGGGCGGUGCCGAUGCCUCACAUGGCGUUUGUGUUUGCUGGACUAUGGUGUGGAGCUUUAGGAAUCGCCCUGGGCUACAAGUUUCGACUGAGUUCCAUUAUGUUCACCGUUUGCUUCUGGUAUUUGUUGCUGAUAGAGAAGAGCUAUUGGAACAAUCACAGUUAUCUAUUCGGACUCAUCGGCUUGCUGCUUACCUUUACACAGGCGAACUGUUGUUGGUCCUUGGAUGCCUAUUUCGAUCGUUCUCAAGCAAAGCAAACUGUACCUUAUUGGAAUUACUUUAUUUUGAAAUAUCAGUUCUUCAUCCUCUACUUCAUGGCUGGGUUAAAGAAAGGCACUGCGGAAUGGUUGACUGGUUAUUCAGUGCUAAACCUUAGUGAGCAUUGGGUGUUCGCUCCUUUUAAAUUGUUUCUUACGGUUCCUCAAACGGAUUACUUGAUCGUCCAUUGGUUUGUGUUCGCAUUUGAUCUGACAGUAGCCAUCUGGAUGAUGUGGGCGCGCACCCGCCAUGUUGCUAUGCUCUUCUGCGCCCUCUUCCAUUUGAUGAACAGCAGACUUUUUAGGAUUGGCAUGUUCCCGUGGGUUUGUUUGGCGACAAUGCCACUAUUUUACCCUUUCGACUGGCCCAAAGUUGUGGCCUGCUACCUCAGAGAAAUGUACUAUUUAACAAAAAGAAAAUUCUGUGAAUUCACCAACUUGAUAAGAAGUGGGAAAACUGCAUGUAAAAAUACAGGUAAAGAAAACAUUAAAAAAACGGAUAAACUCGAGAAUGAAGACGUAAAGGUAAAAGCGUGUGUAAACAACGAACCAUAUAAAGAAGAUUCUUCAGAGGAUUUAGAUGACUCACCGUGUGCGGUUACAAAUGAUAAUAGCGAUCAUGCGAACGACAUCACUCAGGGGACUACCAAUACAGAAGAGGUAGAUGAUAGUAAAAAAAAAUUGACAUGUAUAUUAAUAAGUAUCUAUGUAUUGACGCAAGCAUUUCUACCAUUUUCUCAUUUUAUCACUAAGGGGUUCAAUAAUUGGACUAAUGGCCUCUAUGGAUACUCGUGGGAUAUGAUGGUGCAUACAUGGGACGUGCAUUCUGUCGUUGUAAAGGUCGUUGACAAUGAAAGAAAAUCUGAGUUUUACGUCGAUCCAUAUCAUUUCACACCCAACGAACGAUGGACCAGACACGGAGAUAUGUUCUACCAGUAUGCGCGUUGUCUAAAAGAAAAUAUGAUAAAAGAGUCUACGAGACAUAACAAAUUUUAUGACUCAAGGAAGUAUUUGUCAGAAAAUAUCUCGAUAUACGUCGACGUCUGGUGUUCUUUGAACGGUAGAUUUACACAGCGCAUGUUUGACCCAAAAGUAGAUUUGUUAACUGUUUCUUGGUCUCCCUUCGCGCCGAUUUCGUUUCUGAUGCCCCUUCUUGAUGAAGCGUUGGAUUGGAGGGGACGCUUGCUCCAGUUAAGGGAAAACAUUAAUACGUGGAAUAACUACAGCGACGUUAUAUUUAUUGCCGAUUUUCCAGGAUAUGAAUAUGAGAAGUAUAUUCCAACUGAACUCAGAAACGUAACUCUCACAGUUUUAGACGGAUUAGUUGUUUACGAGCCGGAGUUAUCACCACACCAAAUUGGAAAAUCUUAUCAACUUCGUACAGGAGAAGCAAUAAAUAUUCAAUCUGGGAUCUUUCAGAAGGUUCUCAACAUUGGCAAAAAGCCCGCUUUUUACAUGUAUACCUUUUUCAAUAGCACUGAACUUAACAAUGGAAGUGUUAAGCCACCUGUUCCAAAACUACCUAUAUGGCAGGAAUUGCGAAGGCGCCUUAACAAUAUGGCGCUUUUUGCAAAAAAUAUAAUAACAAGUUUAUUUCAGUUGUUUUUUAAUAUGUCUAAAUGUCAACAGCCUUAA